AUGAACUGCAAUGAGAAAGAACUGAAGGCCAAACUGUACAACAACAGGGCUAUUGCACAUUUUAAGCUUGGUAAGAUGAUGAGAGCUUUAAUAUGCAUUUUUCUGUCCUCAGCAAGGGCUCUCAGUAGUUUUUCUGAAAAAGGUGAUAAUUUUGAAUAUAUGUCUAAAAAUAAAAAAUCCGAAAAAAUAUAUAUGCCUUAUCUUGGCCUCUCAAACAUACAAAGAGCAAUUCACAAGUUUUUCCUUAAGUUAUUGUAUAGGUGGUGGGUUUGCUACAUGAACAGAUAAUCAGAGAUAUUUAUUUUCAAACAGGAAAUCACCAGGAUUCACUGAGGGAUGCAGAAGCUGCCAAUGAGUUAAAUACAACUUUCCUCAAGGCAAUUGUGAGAGGUUAGAAAUGUUAGCGGUGCUAUAAUAAUAAUAAUUAAAAAAAGAACUUAACACUCUAAGGUUAUAUGAAGUUAUAUCUUGUCUCAAUUGACUUUCAUUAAGAGGUCAAGACAGCCCUGAUGUACAUUUGAAUCCAGCUCUUGACUGCUGUGCCAUGACUUUCCAUUAUGAUGAGAAUACUAUUUUGAGUUGGAUGAAGAUCUCAAUGCUGUCAAUGCACAGCAAAAUUUCAGCAGGAGUAUUUUAGUUUCCUUUUGCUCAGUGAGUGAGGUAGUGGUGUCAGAUAUGUUUAGUCACUGUCUAGCUGUUUUGAAAAGAAGUAAGGACUUAACUUAACUUAACUUAACUUAACUGUCAGGAAACAUUCCUCAUUCAUCAAGUAUAACUCAACUUCAAGUGCUAUUAAAAACAUGUAAUAAUAAUGUAAUUAAAGAGACUGCAUGAGUAAAUCUUAUUCUUAGUGAACUUAAAACUUUAGUUUGAGUCACUUCCCAGAAAUCAAUUAUCAACUGAUUGAUUCAAUCAAGUAUGUUGACUCAAACAAAAAGGAAUCUAGGAUUAUUAUCAAAUAUAUAUAUAUUUUUUAAUUUGUAUUUAACCUAUUUUUAAAAAGAUUAACUAAAAAAUGUACUAUACUAUAAAAAUUUUAAAAAAUGGGUUUCAUUGUUCCAUUCUCCCAUUGCAUGUAUUAUCUUCUAUCUAUAUCUCUUAGUGAUUUUGUGGGAAUUGUCAGUCCCAAUUCAAAUGUUCUUAGAUAAGUUUCAAUUAUCAAAAGCAAAUCUGUUUUUUUUUCAUGGUCUGUAAUGAUUUAGCUUUCAAUCAGGUUUCUGGCUAUUGAGCUACAUUAAUUAUAUGCUGCUUUGUGUUGUUGCCUACAGGAGCCACUGCUUGUGUUGAACUGAAGAGAUUUGAAGAAGCAAUUACUUGGUGUGAUAAGGGAUUAGCCGUAUCCUUUUAAGGAAUUUUAAGUUCUUAACCUUGGGUGUAAUGGAAAUGUUCCAUAAUUUGACAUUUUAAGGGAGAAAACUGAUUUGAAGAAGGGUAUUAGUUAUGAUGGGAACUUGUCAGCUCAUACUUUUAGUGUGUGUGAUUAAAAAAUGUGGGAAAAGUAAAUAGGUCAUAACUUAAUAGUGAUACGCUCCAUUGAGCCAUGACCUAGCCAUACUAUCCAUGCCACAACUGGUACAUUAGUUUAGUUAAAAGACUUAAAUUCACCCAGUUUAUACAUGGUAUUUGGGUAGAUGAUCUCUCCAAAAUGAGCCAGAAAAAGAAGCUUGGUAAUGUUUAUAUAUAUUAUGCUAAUUUUCUCCCCUUUAAAUUUUUUCUAUUACUAAGAGACUAGUAAACUUUCGUCACAUUUUCCUAUGGACAAAUAGAACUUUCAAAGGCACAUAUUAGUCUUCUAGACUCAUUUCUUCCUCUACUGUAAAACAUUAGUCGGAUGUUAAAGCUAUAUAUUAAUUUAAAAAUUGAGUAAGUGCUUCCUGGUUUUUGGAAAGAAGAAUUUACACCUAGAUAUUUUGCAUUAAAAUUUGAGGUAGCACAUGAAAGAAAAAAACUCUUUGUGAUGUGUAGAUUUACUACUAGAGACUGAAUGUUGAUUAAAUAUCUACUUUAAACGCAGGCCUUCCCACAUGUAAUAGGCUAUUUUACAGUUGUGUACUUAGUUGCCAAGCCUUUGAUUUGGAGUGAGGCUGAAGGUGACCUUGUUGUGAUAGAGACCAGUAUCUAGUGAGUACCGGUAUUAUAAAUAAUAAAGUAAUUUGCAUUUAAAAGCGGCAACGUUUGUGUCAUAACCAGGUCACCUCUAGCCACACUCCUGUUCAAAGGCUUGGGAACCAAGCAAGCAGCUGUAAAACUGGCCUAUUUAUUAUACCAAUGUGAUCAGAAAAAUAAUCAUUUUUGUUUUUUCCACAUUUUUAAAACCUUAACAUAGAAGAAGAUUGACAAAAAUUAUAGGAUCUUGUUGUCAUUAAGAAUGCAGUCUAUCAAAGAAGUGAGAGAUAAGUUCAUGGAGGAAAAAGAUCAUAUUAGCUAUGACCAUGGUAAUACAAGUUCAAGUGAUGUCAAGAAAGUCAUAGACUUCUACAAACAGGGAGACAAGCAUGAGGAGAGUAACAAUUAUGGCAAUCUUGGUAAUGCUUAUUACCAACUGGGUGAUUUAAAAAAAUCCAUAGAGUACCACAACCUUGAUCUUAAAUUAGCUAAAGAGGUAGGAGAUAAGCAUAGGGAGGGUGGUGCUUAUGACAAUCUUGGCAAUGCUUAUUGCAGUCUGGCUGAUUCAAAAAAAAGCCACAGAGUACUACAACCUACAUCUUCUUCAAAUAGCUAAAGAAGAAGGAGACGAGCGUGGGAAGGGUCAUGCUUAUUGCAAUCUUGGCAAUGCUUAUGGGAGUCUGGGUGAUUUUAAAAAAGCCAUAGAGUACCAGAACCUACAUCUUCAAAUAGCUAAAAAAGUAGGAGACAAGCAUGGGGAGGGCGACGCAUACAACAAUCUUGGGGUUGCGUAUCGGAGUCUGGGUGAUUUUAAAAAAGCAAUGUAUUACCUCAACCUAGCUCUUAAAAUAGUUAAAAAAAUAGGAGACAAGUAUAGGGAGGGUAAACUUUAUGGUAACCUGGGCAUUACUCAUCGGAGUCUGGGUGAUUUCAAAAAAGCCAUAGAGUACAUUAACCUAUAUCUUAAAGUAGCUAAAGAAGUAGGAGACAAGCAUGGGGAGGGUGUUGCUUAUGGCAGUCUUGGCAAUGCUUAUAAAUGUCUGGGUGAUUACAAAAAAGCCAUAGAGUACCACAACCUACAUCUUCAAAUAACUAAAGAAGUAGGUGACAAGCAUGGGGAGGGUGGUGCUAAUAGCAAUCUUGGUAGUGAUUAUUGUUGUCUGUGUGAUUUUAAAAAAGCUAUAGAGUACCACAUCCUACAUCUUAAAACAGUUAAAGAAGUAGGAGACAAGUAUGGGGAGGGUUUAGGUUAUUGUAAUCUUGGCAAUGCUUAUUACCGUCUAGGUGAUUUCAAAAAAGCCAUAGAGUACCACAACCUAAAUCUUAAAAUAGCCAAGGAAGUAGGAGACAAGCGUGGGGAGGGUGUUGCUAAUGGCAAUCUUGGAAAUGCUUAUCUAACUCUGGGAGAUUUGAUAAAGGCCAACAAUUUAUACAACGUAGCGCUCAAAAUUGCCAAAGAGGUGGAAGACAAAUCCUUAGAGGCUAUGGCCUACUAUCCAUUAGGAUGUGUUUUUGAGUUGCAGGAUGGACUGCCAAAAGCCGUUGAACAUUACCAAACUAGUAUAGACUUAAGCAAUUCCUUGAGAAUACUUCUAAAAUCUAAAGAUGAAUGGAAAGUUAAUUUUCGAGAUCAGUAUCAAGACGCGUAUACGGGUGUGAGUAGAGUUCUCGAAGAACAAGGUAAUAUCGUUGAAGCCCUAUUUGCUGCUGAGAAAGGACGAGCUCAAGCUCUCACCGACCUCAUGGAAUCCAGUUUUCGUGGUGGAACAAGUCAGCACAAGAGAGGCGAUGAAAUUUUAGCAGUUUUAAAGAAAGUUUCAUCAGACACCGUCUUUUAGGCAGUGGACAAAGCUGACAUCAAUCUUUGGGUUGUGUCUGAAGGAAAACAAGUUCAUUUAAGACAAAGUAAAUUCAAUGGUUCUGUUUCGGAGAAUGGUGGAGCCAGCCAGUACUUUGAGUCGUUCAUGCUCGGUAUUUAUACACAACUUGGUGUUCGUUCUAAUGUGAGAUGCGGGAAUCGAUCUUUGGAUGCUUUGAGUGAGAGCCGUUCGAAAGUGGAUGACAAAACUAAAGAAGAAAACCCUCAACCUCCCAUCCAACAAAACAAAUGCUUGAGCACUUUGUAUGAUACCGUCAUGAAGCCGGUGGCUGACCUGCUGAUAGGGGAUGAGCUACUUAUUAUUCCCGAUGGACCCCUAUGGCUCGCUUCUUACGCUGCAUUGAAGGAUGAUAAUUCUAAAUACCUGUGUGAAUCGUUCAGAAUCCGACUCGCUCCAUCGUUAACAAGUCUUAGACUCAUUGCCGAUUGCCCAGAUGAUUAUCACAAAAGCAGUGGUGCGUUACUCGUUGGAAAUCCGUGUUUAGCCGAGGUUACUAAUAGCAAGGGAGAAAUACUCCUCGAGCAGCUUCCGUUUUCUGAAGAAGAAGUAGAAAUGAUCGGAAAAAUUCUGAAUAUCACCCCAAUCACUGGCAGACAGGCCACGAAACGUGAGGUGUUGAAAAGAAUCAGUUCCGUGUCCUUAGUUCACUUUGCGGCACACGGAUGCAUGUAA